UUUGCUUUGCUAAACCACAUUCCAGAGUUCCUUCAAAAUCCAUUUACUAAUGGAGACUUCUUAUUCACACUGAAAUGUAUAUAUUGUUGAUUUUUUAUUCUAUUCAUUCAAUAACAGCUUCAUCAACUACGAAGCUUACAUCUACACAGGCGCAGCACACAUGGGAUCUAUUCAAAUUACACAACGUUCAUAUCCUUUUCGAAACAGCUUUUCCUCGACCGGGAUUCAUAUUUCGAACAAUAUCAGACGAAGGGAAGCAUCUUGUUGACCUACUUCUGUUACCCAGCAAUAGAAUUUCUCUAACGUUACCGCUAAAAUCUGGAUGGACGCGGCGCUACACGAUACCAUUGCCUCAGGAUCAAGAUAAAUUAUCGUUACUUGUCACUCUUGAGAAGAAACAUGUUUCGGUAGUGGUGAAUUGCUUGCUUUCAAUGACGGAAGCAAUCGAGGACGUGGGCUUUCCAGGAAUAUCGCCGACAAUGCUUGUUACGAAUCGACACGAUACACUGCGGAUUGAUUCUGGAAAUCCGACAAGAGACAUAUGCCCAGAAUUGCAUAGUUCCCUUGGGAACGUUGAAAUUGAAAAUUCUGAAGGUCUUCGCGAAGACGCGGGGACUAGGAACGUCUCUACCGGCUCGCGAAGGGCUUACAAAAGCUGCCUGUACAAUGGUCGCCGGAGAGGGCAUACGGAGGCCUUCUGGCCAGAACAGUGCGUUCGUUGUUAUUGUGACGAUGGCACGACGACUUGUCAGUAUCAAAAUCCCGUCACAUGUCCCAAAUUGACAUGUUCGGCUGAGCAUCGGAUAACACCAGAAAAUGGAUGUUGUCCCGUUUGUGUUGGAGCAGAUUUUUGUGCUGAAGCACCAUGCCAUCGUGACGCUGAAUGCGUGAAUCAGGCAAAUGGUGCUCAAUGCAAAUGCAAGGAGGGAUUCUAUGGAGACGGAUAUACUUGCUAUGAUAUCGAUGAGUGCUCAUUCGAUAAUUCUGCGAGAGAACAGCUAGGUGGAUGCUCAACAGGAUCGAUUUGCAUAAAUGAGCCAGGCAGUUUUCGCUGUGAAUGUUUACCGAAUCAUCAGAAAAUCGACAGUAGGAAUUGCGUCGAACUACUUCGCGUCUGAGUUCACCAUUUGUAACUCUGCCUCAUUUUAAUGUCGGGAUUGUGUUCUUGUAAAUAAGAGACUAUUGUAUGAAUAUUUGCGAACU